CAGUUAUAUUCGUUCGGCGUUUGCACUCAGUUCGCUAUCUGUGGCUGGGCUUCACGGUAGUCGGUUGGAAAUUUCAUUUGCUAACGCGCUCUGUGUAGCGGCGGUGUAUUAAAAUCUUGAUACAAACGCGUCUCAUUUGUGCGUGAAGUAUUGAAAGACUUGAGUGAAAAACUCGUACACAAUGGCGACUGAGGUAAUAAAUAAUGUACCGGAGACAGAGAAGGAGCAAAAGGACGAACCCGUCGCGGAUAAUGGGCAAACAAAAGAGGAAACGCCAGCCGCAGGUGAAAAAACCGAAGAAAAGGUAGAAGAGAAGAAGGUUGAGCCUGCACCACCGAAGCUGACUGUCCACAAAAUUAAUUUCGAGCAAGAUGUUGUAUAUUUGUACCAGUUCUCACGGACCCCUUUGCUGCCGUCGACUUCACCGUACUGCUUGAAAGUUGAAACAUGGCUACGCCUUGCCGGCAUCAAAUACGAGAAUGUCGAUCACAAGGCGAAGUUCCGCUCCAAGAAGGGGCAACUUCCCUUUGUUGAGUUGAAUGGAGAAGAAAUUGCUGACAGCACCUUCAUCAUCAAGCAGCUAUCAGAAAAAUACAACAAGAAUAUGGAUGUCGGUCUGACGGCCGCCCAGCGUGUUGUGGCUCACGCUAUGAUCUCCAUGAUCGAGAAUCAUCUCUCAUGGGUGAUCUUUUGGUGGCGUGCCAAGUAUCCCGCCAGCGUGCUGAAGGGAUACCAGUUGAAUCUCCAGAAUGCGCUCAACACACGUCUGCCCACGCCCAUUCUCAACUUCUGCUACAAAAUUAACUCUGGACGUAAGGGUAUGAAGAAAGCAAAGGCGCAUGGCAUCGGGGUUCACAGCCAGGAAGAGAUCAUCGAGUUCGGGUACAACGAUCUCCGUGUACUUUCCGACCUGCUCUCCGAUAAGCCUUUCUUCUUUGGAGACGAACCAACUCUGCUGGACGUUGUUGCCUUCGCGAACCUCGCCCAAUUGCACUUCAUUGACAAGGAGGUGCAGCACGCUCUCCGCGAUUCUCUGGAUGAGUUGUUCCCGAACCUCGUCGGCCUGGUCUCGCGCCUGAAGGAACGCGCUUUCCCCGACUGGGAGGAACUGUGCGCGCCGGAGGUGCCGCCUCCACCGGCGAAGAAGGAGAAAGAGGUCAAGGAGGGCACUGGGCCUGCUGAGAAACAGCCACUCCCCGAGGAGCCUGAAAAGGGAAAGGGCGACGAGAAGGAGAUGGAGCCAGAGGAGAAGGAGAAAGAAAAGGAGAAGGAAAAAGAGAAGGAGAAGGAGAAAGAGAAGGAAAAGGAAAAGGAGAAGUAAGCGCUAUAGUGGAGUGCGGCUACCGAAUCCACUACCUAGAUUAUACCAUACAUUAGUUAGGGAGCAGGUGGCAAUCAGUUUAAAAUGAUUCCAUCGUCAUUUUUGGGGGCACUUUAUAUUAAAAGUGUUGUUUAUUAUGUUUAUCAUUCUAAAGUUAUCGAAAGACUGUUUAAAUUUAAAAAUAAUGUUAUUAUUAAAUUUUAAGAAAUGUCAAACCAUUUUACCAUGUCUGCCUUUGAGGGGUGUGAUUGCGAAAACGAAAGAUAAGGCAGACAGCUAUAGUUGAUUUUUCAAAAAGAAACCUUAUCUAUUUUUCAUGUAUUUUAUAUAUUACUUAAUAAAACAUUAUAUAAAUAUAAUAAAAUAGUACGAAAAGUGGAAUCAUAUAAACUCAUGCCACCGGCCGUAUUAGUUAUUUAUUUACUGUAUGUAGCUACGUGUUAUUGCAAGUUGAAGAUUAUAGUUUAAGUCAUACUCGAUAACAAUUUGUAUAUUGUAAGAGUGUAAAAUCCAUUUGUCUUUCCCGAUUUAUCAUUUGACGAGAGCGUCUUUAUUCAUGUUUACGCCCAUAACGCAAUUCGUUCGUGAAAAUUAUCCAAACAUUCAAUAAUUCGAUGUAUAUUGAUCAUUAAGUCACGCGACAUUCUUGGUUGAGACAAUAUGUCCCGCAACUAGGACAUGUUCUCCGAUUCGGCACUAAGGACCAUUCUGACUGGUGCUUUACGGUAAAAAUUAAAAUCUGGACUGUUUGUUUUAUGGUGCUGGUUUCAGUGUUAAAACACAGUCAAAUAGGUGCUAAUUAUUUUACCAGAGAGGCACUGAGUGUACUUUAAGUAAUAUCUGGUUGCGUCUCAGAUGGUCCAUUUUUCGGAAAAUGAAAUAAAACUAGAUAAAAAAUGGCGUCAAGCGACCUACCGAUUCGGUACGAUGCUGCUUUAAUGAGGGGUACGGAUUUAACAAAACAGGUUGGCCCACUACCAUCUUUGACUGCAUCAUCACUUAACCAUCUGAGAUUGCAGUCUAGGGUUAAUGUUUAUUGGAAUUAAAACCGAUCAUGUACAUUAAGUGCAUAUAAACUGAUUAGAAUGAACAUAAAAGUAUACUCUCGGUAUAAUGGCGGAAUACGAACAUCGCUCUAUUAUCUAUGCUCGAUGCAUAGAUUAGAGGUAGUACACAUUAGGCGCUUCGAAGCGCGCGCUUAAGAGCUAGUACACACCGGGCGUUCAUCUACCAUUAACUGCAAUUGCUGAAAUUAAAAAAAUAAAACAUCGACCUAGUUCAGUGACUCAAAAACCAUCACCCACUGUUAACAGUCUGUUUUUUCCGAUAAGAGGCUUCGGCCGUGGCUAGUUAUCGCGAUACCGACAAAGACGUGCCGCCAAGCCGUUACGCGUUCCGGUAUGAUGACGCGUAAAAACGCGUUUGCGGUAUGAUUUUAACAUAACUGCCAUCCCCUUAACAGGUUAGCCCGCUACCAUCUUAGACUGCAUCAUCACUUACCACAAGGUGAGAUUGCAGUCAAGGGCUAACUUGUAAUGGUAUUGAGGAUAUCACUCGACUCUCACAAGAUAGUGACCUGGUGAAGAAGAAUUGGGAAUCGAGAGUAUACCCUUUCAAACAAUAACGUAAUUUUAAAAUCAGUCCAGAAUCGGUGAACGAGCAUAAAAAAAAACAUGGAACCCUCUCGAGGCUCUAUGAAGUCGGUUGAUUCAAUGAAAGUAGUGUGGUAACGUUUUAAGAGUUCAUAAAUCUAACGCAAAGUUCUUAUAUUAUUUGGUCAGUUAGAGUUGUUUUUCUUUCUUUAUCUUGAUAAGUAUAUUAUACAUGAAACCAUUUCAUUUCAUUUCCACAAUCAUCAUCAUUCAUAACAACUCAAUCAUAAGGGCCAGAAGAAACUCUAUGCCCUAUUUACGUAAAGUAUGCGAGUAGAUAAAAGGAUGAGAAGAGAGAGAGAAAAGUUUAGAGAAAGGUCAUCUUCAUUAAACACUCAUAAAUCACCGUCACUCCUAUUUCAUUAUCAUUCAAUCACAUUUUUUGCGAUAAAAACUUUUUAUGAUUUCACUUACUACACAGAAUAAUUGGGGUAUGAUUGGAAUAUUUUAUUGCAAAAAAUAAUAUUUUAUCGUAUUUAUUGAGAUGUGGUUAGGAAAAGAACUUUGCCAAAAAAAUAGAAAAAUCAAGUCGGUUUUCUAAAACCUGAUUUUUUUAGAUAUUUCAUCAUCUAUAUCCUGUAAUAAGGACCUUUAACUCUCCCUUUGGGAGGUUCGUGAUCGCAGUAGUAGUAGCACAGAGAACGUUGCCACUCGUUCUCCGUUAUAUAACCUUAGUCGCCUCGUACGACACCCGGGAGAAGAGGGGGUCCUAACUGCGAUUACUUAUUCGAUCGCGUUACAGUUAACUACGAUUUAUAUGAUAUCGAAAAUGCGCCAUCUACAUGCAAUACCGGGAAACAGUAAUGUUACUAUAUGGCACUCUUUCAAUUCCAUAUAAAUCGUAGUUAACGGAAACGCGAUGGAAUAAGUAAACGUAGGUAGGACCUCCUCUUCUCGCGGGUCUCGCACGAGGCGACUAAGGUAAUAUAACCUCACAUAAAACACCCUGCUCAGAUCUGACGUCACCACACGGCAAACAAAUGUUUUUUUUUAUUCGGUUAGUUUAACCACGAACACACUACCUAAUAAUACCAGAUAAAUGCAUCAAUGUAUAAAGAAUUAUGGGAUAUUUUGGAUAUAUUUUUUAAAAUUGUUUGUUUUGGGCCUUAAACUUUAUAUUAAAUUGCGCUUUAUA